CAUCGAUUCAAACCUGUCUAUCCCGACACUUAUACCACCCUAAAUGAUGCAACCAUCUCGCCUAGGACGACUACCGUCAGAGCCGCUUUCCGUGAACGAUCCAUAGGCAACUCUCUAUACCUAGCAUAGCACAAGGGCGAUGCUUUUUAAGAUUGGCUUGGUAAGGUAGCAACAGUACCUGAUCUUGCUGAUGUACCCCUAGCUUAGCUUGGCCAUCUUACAAGUACCUACCGGUACAGCAGCACAGCAUUGUAUGUCUGUGUUUGUUGGAACAGGUACCUAACACCCAAUCACCUUGCCUCCCCCUGGGCCCCAAGCCCCCAUUGAUCUCGAUGUAUGCCCAAAACGAGAACCACAUGCUUCAUUUGCGUCAUUCCUUCCUCAUCCUAGGAUCCCUGGACCACAUCGUGCAACUGGGCAAGCUGGGGUAGCUCAACCCAGGCCAAGCUCAUGCAUCGGACGGAGGUGCUUCUUCUCUCUUUGGUACUGUACCACUACUUGUUGACGGACGGCACAAUCGGGUUCCGUGGCUUCAUCCAGUGAUGUUAGCCAGAAUCUUCUCCAAUUUCGACCCAGCACGUGCAUUGGAUCUGCACGAAUACGCCAAGUCCCCUCUUCCUCGGACCGCGUAUGCCGGAGCUGUCAGUUCCGCAUGAGGAGAACUACCGUACCAACCCUAUCUACUACUGGUAUGACGGAAACACCGGAUCCCUCGCUGGCUUUGCUUUCUUUGGCCUUAACUCAUCCAAUUUAUUGUAUUAUACUUGUACCUCUUUGCCACGUAGACCUGACUACCUUAGCUCUGCAUAUUUGAACGGACAUGGCCCACCAUCUCUUGGCAGGCCGCAUGCAGACCUUCACUAUCCUCUCAAGUCUCCACUAAUACAUCCCAGAAUGACAUGACAUUAUGUAUACUGCACGUAAAUCACACUCACCUCUACUUUGCACAAGCAUAGCAGCAGACCCAAAAGCAGCAGAAAACAAGCCCAUCAACAGUAUCAGUGGCCUCUUCUCUCAACUUCUCGUCUCUUCCAAGGCUGGGUCAUUCAAGGUGGUCCACAACCAUAGCUUGACCGAGCUCAUCACUGGGCCGAUUCGGAAGGCUACCUCUCGAACCUCCACCCCGGUUCAAUCCCCAGUCGCAUGCCACACAACGAAUUCCCAGACCUCGCCCAGGUCCAAGUCACGAGGCCACCGCUCCAGCGAUGAUGAUUCCUACCGCAGUGACAGCUUGGAGAGGAAGGCACGGAAGGAGGCCGACAAGCUCGAGCGCCGCUUGCAGGAGCAGGAACUUAUCGAUGCAAGGCGCCGGAGCGAGGACUUGAAGGCUCGCGAGCAUCUGGAUGAAGCCACCCGGGCUCGCUUCGGAGACGAUGUUGUCUUCAGGGAACUGACACCAAUCGCCCAACUCGUGACGCUGCCUGUUGGAUCCGAGAUAACGUUCCGAGCUCGGAUACAUCACCAGCGCGACAUCUCCAAAGCCCUUGACUUCCUCCUGCUCCGGGACCAGACUCACUCUAUACAGGGAGUCCUUCAAGGCCCGCCCGAGAUGGUCAAGUGGGCGCAGCGGCUGCAUCCCGAGAGCAUCGUACAGAUCACCGGACAUCUGCAGUGUCCCAGGGAGCCUGUCAGGUCAGCGACCCACCAGGGCCUCGAGGUACUCAUCGACACCAUCCACCUGGUUGCACCGGCCAAGAACCUCUCGUUCAACAACUACCAACCACCCGAGUCGCUGCACCCCCGACUGACGAACCGGGUUGUUGACCUGCGGCACCCGGCCAACCAAGCCCUGUUUCGGGUGCGCGCAGCUGUUACGCGCACUUUUCGCUGGACGCUUGACCAGCAAGAUUUUGUCGAGAUACAGACCCCCAAGAUCAUGGCUGGAGCUACCGAGAGUGGCGCCGAGGUGUUCAAGGUUAAUUAUUUUGGCCGCAGUGCCUACCUUGCACAGAGUCCGCAGCUCUCCAAGCAGAUGGCCAUCUCGGCCGACUUCAAGCGUGUGUACGAGGUCGGGCCUGUCUUCCGCGCCGAGAAUUCCAACACUCACCGGCACCUGACGGAAUACACCGGACUUGACAUUGAGAUGUGCAUAGACCAAAGCCAUCAUGAGAUCAUUCGCAUGGUUGACCGUGUAUUAAAAAAUAUCUUCGCCGCCGUCCACCAGAUGGAAGAGCUCAAGAUCAUCCGAGAGCGUUGGCCAAGUGAAGACCUUGUGUGGUUGGAGGAGACACCCAUCCUCACAUUUCCCGAGGCGCUGCAGAUGCUGAGGGAGGAUGGCAACGAAGAUAUUGAGGAGGAUGAUCUUUCAACAAGAGACGAAUACAGGUUGGGCGAACUUGUCAAGGAAAAGUACAAAACCGACUAUUUCAUCUUGGACAAGUUUCCCACCAUCGCCCGGCCCUUUUACACCCACAAGGACGACAGCGAUCCGAAAUGGACCAACUCGUUUGAUAUCUUUGUUCGUGGUCAAGAAAUCUGCACGGGUGGACAGCGAAUCCACAAGUACGACGAACUGCGCCAGAGUAUGACAGACUCUGGGAUAUCUGGAGACGGCAUGGAGGAAUAUCUUGCCGCCUUCGAGUCCGGAGCUCCCCCACACGGAGGCGCUGGCCUCGGUCUCGAGCGCAUCAUAACGUUUAUGCUGCAGCUGGGCGACGUGCGAAACGCAGCGCCUUUUCACCGCGACCCCAAAAGUUUGCCCAGCCGCCCUCCGGGACUUCCUCAUCCAGAGGCUAGCACCAGGAGGCGCAAGUCAGCAACCGCGCCUGCAUCACAAAACAACAAAGAAAGUUUGCACGGCACGGAAAGCUCAGAUAUGACUCCAAAAUCUAGCGCCGAAACCGAGUACCCGCCUUUGGAAAAGCUCAUCGCCAACUACGGCGAUGCUACCAAUACUUCUUGGCUCGACGAUAGGUUCCAGAUCUGGAGGCACUCCCCGACCGGCGCAGCAGUUGGCUACGUCCGACAGGCCAAAGACUUGGUCAUCAUGACGGGCGACCCGUUGUGCGAUCCGACGCAGUAUGCAGAGAUCAUCGGUGCUUAUCUAGACUUCGUCAGGAACACACUGAAAUGCAAGCCGGUUUGGCUACUCGUAUCUGAAGAAGUCCAACGCAUCUUGGCCAAUGAGCCGCACAACUGGCGCACUUUGACCUGCAACGAAGAGCAACGAAUCCCCGCAGAUGACCAGGCCCGCCGAGGACUUAGCCGCCCUGGUGCGCAGAGGAGCGCACGCAGAGUGCAAAGAGAGGGCAUCCGGCUGCACGAGGUGCGACCUGAAAAGGACGAAAACUUCAAGCAGCGCGCGAACAAGGCCAUCGAUGAGUGGUAUCGGGCGCGGGAAGGCAAGAAGCAAGUCCACCUGACUGAAGUUCGACCCUGGAUAGAUGCAGAACAUCGGCGAUAUUUCGCGGCGGAGCGUGAUGGCCGGGUGCUGAGCCUCGUUGUGCUGCAUCGCCUAGCACCCCGUUAUGGGUGGCAGGUCAAGUGGGCGCUCGACAUGCCAUCCGCACCCAAUGGUACGAUCGAGGCGCUUGUAGACCUUGCGCUCAUGUCAAUUUCGGGUAGCCCUGCCACCUUCGGAGCGGACGUCUCGGGCAAGCUGGUCCCCGUCGCACAUAUCGGCGGGGCCAAGACAAAGAUUUUGACCAAGGCGUACGAAACGUUUGUGAAGGGAACUGGCAUAUCGCGAAAGAAAGAUUUCAGGGGAAAAUUCGGAAUUGUUGGAGAGGCGGUCUUCAUCUGUUAUCCCAGGGGCGCAAUGGGGAUGGGUGAGAUUCGAGAGAUUUACAGGUUCUUUGAAGAUUAAAGUGCAUUGUGGGGACUAAUGGGCUGGAAGCUCGUGAUUAUGGUGAUACAGGGCCCUGGGUUAAUGAAUUGACACGACUGAAGUAAUAAAAUACCCAAAUUAUUUCUUAUAUGUGUAGACUUAAUGCGAAUAUGAACAUGCGG